CAUCCCUACCCUGCAAACUAUGCAGCGCUGAUAUGGCAGCAAAUUAAUGAAGACAGACAAAACCCGAGAGGAAAGGCUGUAUUUGGAGUCCAGCUCACAGAAGAGAAACUUAAUGACUUCCGCGACGAACAAAUUGGACAGCUGAAGGAACUGAUGGAUGAGGCUACUAAACCUCAUAAGCAAUUCACCAUUCCUAAGGACUCAAAAUACAAGAACUAAAGGGUUUUCAAAUC